AUGCCAUUUGUCCCAGCACCUCUCCUCCAUGACCGCCUGUCACGAGCCUUCACCUGGCUCCUGCUUAUCGGGCUUACUUUCCUCGCAACGGCGCAUUACCACCCCAAACUGAGCCCUCCAACGGAUGGCUUGGCCAGCCCUGGCAAGAGCAGGAUUCGGUUCGAAGUCCCAUACGAGCCAAUCGACAAGGCCUCGACAUUCGCAAUCACGGUGCUACCCCCGCUAUGCUGCUUUCUGGCGACAGUGGGUAUCGGAUAUGUCGCCUUUCUUCGUCGCGGCGAUUACCUCUGGCUGACCAACGUGUUGUUCUUGCCAGGCCUCGGGGCCUCGCUAGUGGGGCUAACGCUAGCAUUCUUCCUAGUAUACAAAGAUGGCCUCACAGCAUGGCCACUGAUGGAGGCUGUGACUGCUAUCAUAUCAGGCGGUUACUUUGUCAUCUUUUUGACGGGUGCGCUGGUCGCGAGGCUUGUUGUCAACAUCACGACCCGCCUCUCGUCCAUCUCCCGAGCCGCCGACUUGCCCGGCCGACGGAUACUAGUGACACGGUUCACUACUGAGUUGGGGCUCGCGGCGGCUCUAGGCGCAUUGUCGCCCCAUUCCAUCAACUCUCGGCCAAGUGUUGCGCCGGCCUUGGCCAAUUCAAGGCCUGCAGCUAAUACCAGCACCCCGAGCAGGCCCUUUGGGAAGCGGGCGAGCAAGUCGACUAGGAAACCCCAGGAAGAGCCCAAGGCAAACCUUGAAAAGCCCGAGGAUGACGAUGCUAGCGCCACUACGGGCGCCAAAGCGAUACUGCGCGGCAAGCCCCCGGAGCCAUGGCAUAAAGGCAUCGCUCCGAACCAGGUCCCUGUGAGAUUCAUGGCCGCCACACUCAACCCUAGAGAGGUCACGGUAGGGUAA